UUCCAGCGGUGCGAACGUGUUCCGGGCGCGCCAAUUGGCCAAGUAGCCGACAGAAGCCAAAAGAUCCAACCAAAGUCAGCCGGAACGGCAACAGUUUCUCCUCUCGAAAUAUGCCAACGCCUGAUUGAGGGCCAAAAUCGCGGGUCGCGCGUUUUUGUGUGUAAAUAAACAUAAGAAAUCAGACGUAAAAUCAAAUCGAAAAUCGAAUACCAAGCGGAAAAAAACAGCAUCCAUCACACAGAAAGAGAUAUCCGCACAAUUUAUUUUUCGGUUUCAGUGGCAGAGCACAAGUUAUUCAAUUAAAGAUUAAUGCCGGCGUGCGGAAUGUCUGACUGAUGAGUCGGCCAAAAGCGGACCCGUAGCGCAUACGCCAUGUGAGCCGGAUCGAUGGGAUCGUGUUCCGGCCAAGCCACAAUGCCAUCCUCCUGUAAAUAGCCAGCAGCCUUUUCUACUCGCGUCUCUGUCAUAAAUAAUAUGUGUCCGUGUAGCCACAGUACCACUGUACAUACUGUAGACUCUAAUUGAUUAAACCACAAUAAAAGAAAAAAACCAAAACCAAACAAAAAUAUAUAAAUACCAAUAAAUAGAGGAAGAAGCGCGCGUUUUCGCCACAGAUCGCGCCGCUCACACACAAGUUUCGGUGCAAAACGGGUAUAAAUAAUCGAAAUAAUAUUCGAAUGCUAUGCUAUAUGCUUUAGGAAUUAGUUAAAUUAUUAGUAUUAAAUCGGUUGCAAUUGGAAUUUCGCGCGCCAUAAGAUUUAAUUAUAAACACGGGCAGCAUGGGACCAAUCAGACUCUAGAGCUAGUUAGACGAAAGCCCAUUCAGAUCACAAUGGAUUAUAGCCGACUGAAUGCCAACAUUAAUACGGGCAACAUCAGCACCGAUGAGUUUCUGGCCGUGUUCACGACCGGAAAACCCGAGAAUGCCACCCUCAAUCCGCCCCUGCUCAGUGUCGACGGGCAGCUGACCCUGCCCCCGGGAUCCGGAUCCGGAUUGGGAUCGGGAUAUAUCAAUGUGAACGACACGAUAUACUUUCUGAAUGGCAGUUUCUACAACAGCAGUCUUCAGCUGGCGGCGGGAUAUUACAAUCAGAGCAGCGGUUCGGGGGCGACCUCGGGCAAUCUGACCAAUCCGAAUCAAACAGAAGUCCACUGGGAUGGCAGAUAUCCCAGCGGCUAUACGCUCACCCACAUCGUGAUCGCCUCCAUUAUCGUGACCAUUCUGAUGAUCAUCAUCGUGGUGGGCAACAUGCUGGUGAUCAUAGCCAUUGCCACGGAGAAGUCGCUGAAGAACAUACAGAACUGGUUCAUCGCCUCGCUGGCGGUGGCCGACUUCUUCCUGGGCCUCAUCAUCAUGCCCUUCUCGCUGGCCAACGAGCUGAUGGGCUACUGGAUCUUCGGCAGCUGGUGGUGCGAUAUCCACUCGGCGAUGGACGUCCUGCUGUGCACCGCCUCGAUCAUGAACCUGUGCCUCAUCUCGCUGGACCGCUACUGGAGCAUCACCAAGGCCGUCGACUAUCUCAAGUCGAGGACCCCGGCGCGUGCCGCCGUCAUGAUCACGGCGGUCUGGAUAAUGUCCGCCCUCAUCUGCAUCCCGCCGCUCCUCGGCUGGAAGGUCAAGAUGCCGGAGGGACCGCUGCCCAAGUGCGAGCUGAGCGAGGACAUUGGCUACGUGCUGUACUCGGCACUGGGCUCCUUCUACAUACCCAGCUGCAUAAUGGUCUUUGUGUACAUACGAAUUUACUUUGCCGCCAAGGCGCGGGCGAGGAGGGGCAUUAAAAAGCAUCCCCGCAAAACGAACAACGAACAGGUAACGAGCUUCACCACCGCCAAGAAAGGAACAAUACCGAUGCCCUCCUCCAGCGGCGCCUCCGCCCUGCAGCUGCACCAGCAGCGCCAAAUAGCCACCAUCGAGACACCACCGAACAGCGCCAGUCUGCCGAUGCAGAUACCCACGGUGACCAUGGACCUGGCCUCCGACAUCUCCACCUCGGAGGCGGGGGAGCUGGAGGCGGUGGCCGCCCAGACUGUGCUGGCCUACACAAAUCCCAAUGGGGCGGGCUCAAAUUCGAUGAAUGUGGUGAGCAGUGGGAAUGGGGGCUCCUCGGGAGCACCACCAUCACCCACCUCACCCAAGGAGACGCUCCAGGUGAGCACGAUAGCCACCGGUCGGGUGGGUCUCAAUGUGCCCGUGCCGCCGUCCAUGGGCAGCAACAACUCCAUCAAUGCGCUGAACAACAACAACGGCAGCGUGGCCAUGGACGGAGGAGCCCCGUCCGCCGGCAGUGGGGGAAAUGGAAGUGCGGGAGCGACGACAGGUGGUGGUCUGCAGACCCCCGGGAACGAGCUGCGCGUCUCGCCGAUCGCCGGACGGUGUCGAGCCCUCUCCGUGGGCGUGGACACGGACAUGGUGAGUGAAUUCGAUCCAUCCAGCAGCGAUUCCGGCGUGGUCAGUCGCUGUGCCGUGGUCAAGCCGCUCAAGUUUCGCCUUUGCCAGCCGAUCUUCGGGCGCAAGUCGAGUAAUCAGCAGCGUCGCAAUGAGGCCAAAACGGCGGCCAAAAACCAACAUGCCACGGCGACGACGGCCAACAAGAACCAGCAGCAACAUCAGCAUCAGCAACAGCAACAGCAGCAGCAUCAGCAGGUGGUGAAGGCGGAACUGGAGCCGGCCAUACCGAAGACACCGAAGCCCCGGGAUCCGGAGAAGGAGAAGCGCAGGAUUGCGCGGAAGAAGGAGAAGCGGGCCACCCUAAUCCUGGGCCUGAUCAUGGGCAGCUUCAUCGCCUGCUGGCUGCCGUUCUUCUUCUUGUACAUCCUGGUGCCGGCAUGUAGCAGCCAUUGCAACAUCCCUGAGUCGGCCUUCGCCGUCGCCUUCUGGCUGGGCUACAUGAACUCGGCCCUCAAUCCGGCCAUCUAUACCAUCUUCAACAAGGACUUCCGACGCGCCUUUCGGCGCAUCCUGUUCAAGUGAUGUUUGGCCUAUGUGUGCUGUUACAGGUGCGUUUACGCCAGCAUCGAGAAGGCAACCGAACGUGCCAUGGGCAGCACACCCAUGGGCUAUGGUCAUGGCAUGUAUCAGCACUACAGGCGUUAGAUUUGCUUCGUUUUGGUAAUGCCAUAAGUCCCCCUUAGGACCCAGUCCGCCAAUCCCAUGCCAUUCCCAUUCCCAGAGUUGCAAAACAAUCGAUCUAUUGUGUGGUACAACUAGUAGCUUAAAAAUGUAUUAAGAAAAACUAAAAGUUGUUUUAAAAAAUAAUUAUCUUAAACUUCAAAUAAUUCUAAGCCCUCGGGCUUUUACAUUUAUGCCUUUUAUUGUUUACAGAAUUUCUGGCAAUUAGAAAAUUUCAUGUUUUUCUAUCGAUUAAAUCGAUUAUUUUUUAGGUCCUGAAAUUCUGGCCGUUAGAACUUUACAUCUUUUUUCUAUCGAUUAAAUCGAAUAUUUUGUAGGCCCUUAAAUUGGUUUACAACUUUUCAACAAGGUGUUAAACAACUUUUAUAUUUAACCAUUUAAAAAUUGUGAGCACAAGUGUUAUCGUUCUUUACACAGUUACAACUACUACUCAUUCUAUCGAAAAUAUCAACUGAACAAUCGAUAGUUUUGCUGCUCUGCCCACUCCCAAUCGCUAACUCCUUCCCCAUAUUUCUUUGAAUUUUUUGUUUGAAUAAAAAAGUAACGAACAUUGUAGCUCAUUUCAAAAGCAAUGAACGGCUGUGAAUUUGAUGGAAUCUCUCAAUUUCAAUUUACGCAUUUUGGUUUCGUUCCGUUUGGUUUCUCGAGCACCCUUGAACCCAGAGACCCCAAUCCCGGAGGCCCCAGAAUCCCCAGAGCCCCAGAGCCCGCAGAACCCCCAGAACACCCGAACCCACCACAGCCCACACACUUUUCACACUCGACGAGCUCAUAGAAAUGCAUGAGCUGUGCAAACAAGAAUUUGAGCUGGGCAAACAUCUAUUAUGCUCCCUGAAUGGAUGUGUCCGCCUUGCGACGUCUAUGGCCAUUCAACUUGAAAUAAUUUCGCAAAUUUCCAUUUGCGGCUGCUGCAUUGCCAAUGCCGAGCAUUAGUGCAGUCUGCAAAUGUGUCAAGAGUCAGGUAGCCCUACAUCCCCAAGGGCCCCGAGACCCUACCAAUUGUUGGCCAUUGCCUGCAAUCGAAAUCGAGGUCAACAAGUGUGCGUUGCAGUCGAACGUUGGCGGCAAAUUAAUUUAAUUCAUUUUUAAUAUUUUGGCAGCCGCUUAUCCACCACUUCGAUUCGAAAAUCUAAGAGCCAGGGCGCCUGCAAUUGCGAGGCUGCAUUUGGCUGGGGGCCAAAUCAAUAAUUCCAUGCGCACACAAAUGUAACUAUAAUCCAGCACAACGGGCGCACAAUUUGGUGUAACAAAGUGAGCACACAGCUAUGGCAACAGAAACAGAAAAAGCGACAGAUUCCACAAGGCAGCCGCAGUUUUAUUCAUUCACUCAAAGAUAUUUCACUCAGCGACACAGAAAGUGGGAGCCAAAAAAGCAGAAAAAUACACCAAAUGUAUGGGAACCAAUGCCUAAUGGGCACAGACAGAUGCAAAUGCAAAUGGUUGGCAUCUACACUCUUCAAAAUUAUACAUUUUUGUGAUAGUUUAUUAAAUAUUAUGUGGGGUUGUUACAAAAUAACUAUUCUAAUUUCUAUUUAAAAAUUAAGAAAAAGAUUAUAAUCCAGGGAACUAAAAUUUGGAAGUUAUAAUUAAAGUUUGUACUUUCAGUUAUUUGACUACAGUUUCAUAAUUAUAUAAAAUUUCACUAACCAAAUUUCUUUAAUUUUUAUUGUACAAUAUUUAAUAAUAAUUUUAUCGGUUUUUAUAGGUUUUUAUAACAUAGAUGAAACUUUUUUUUACCUUUUUUAAUUUAAUUUAUUUCUUCCGGACGCUACAAGUACAAGGAAUACUUAUUAAUUAAUGCUCUAGUCACAAUUUUAUUCGUUUAGGAAUAUUUGUUAAAAUAUAUAGGUAUUGAAUGUAAUUUAACUUUAAGGAUUUAAGGGUGUUGUUAUGGGCAAAAAAUACAUUUUCUUGCUUAGAUUUGAAUUUAAACAGGGUUACCGCUCAUUAAUACUUAAUACACUGUAAUUCUGUAGGUUUUACAAAGCAACUCUAAUCUUUUAUUGGUUCUUUAGUGUUAAAUUUAAUACAAACUUUGGAACCGUGAUCAUAUUUUUCUUGUGUGAACCUCAUUCGCCUUCACCAUUUUCCCCACCAUUUCCCACUUUAGUUUUUGGCCAUGCAUCAGCAAAUGCAUGCGCCCGGCCGAGUGGAAUAGACAGCCCGUCACCCAGUCAGUCAGUCAUUCAACCAUUCAGUCAUUCAGUCAGUCAGUCAGUCAUACAGUCGAACGGACAGACAGUCGUCACUGGAACGCUACAAUGACACCGAGUUAGACGAAGAUGGAGACACGGGAGCAGAGCAGCCGGGGCAGGGAACAGGGAACGACGGACAGACUCUGUUUUUGGCAUGUGGCCCAGAAUGGCUCUCCAUUUCGUUUGGCUGGUAUGGCUUGUUUUGCUGGCCAAAGCCAAAAAAAUAGGUGGCUGGGAAAAAAUAUAUAUUGUACGGCCCAAAGCCCACACACAAGAAGAACGGAGCAGCACAAGGCUGACAGUCUAUGCAUAAAUUUUACGUACAAUUUAUUUUACUUCCUGUGCGAUGGCUUUGAUCCUCAUAUUCUUCGGACACUUUGUGGCACGUUGCAACUAAAUCUGCCAGCCACUUGUGACUGCUAUCUUGGAAAUCUUCAAUCUCCAAUAUACCAUCUAUAAUCACCUUGUUCUCUGUGCCACAACCAAAAUUUACGGCAGCUCUUAGCAUCGCUCGACCUAUCAACACAUGUCGGCAUAUUCGAAGAGAUUGAUCAGAUUUAUAGUUCUGGCCAUAGGCUAAGUGCUUGCGGUUCCCGGAGAGCUCUUAAAAAUUGUUUAGGAACGCAUAAAUAAUGUGACCGAGAUCGGCCAUGAAUGUCGGCUGUCUGUGGGCAUGUGUUCAGGGAAGUGUUUCAUUUGAAUAAAUGGAAAUCGACGCAAGAACUUUGAUGGCGUUGAAAGACAAACACCGAAGGCUUUUGGUGCCUGCAUUUUUUAUGGAUCGCACGGCAUCCUGCUGAACGUUUUGGCAUUGUCAGCAAUGUGUGUACAACAACUGCACUCAAAUGACAAUUUGAACAACGACAGAAAGUCCAACAAUAACAGCUACAACAACAGGCUAAAUGGCAGGACGAAAAAAAGGACCGUCGUGCACAAAGCGAAAUCGAAAACAAUUGAAAUCGACAGCAGGGGAAAACCCAAGUGGUGGGGGUGGUGCAGGGAGUGCAGGGGGUGGUGCAGCAGGUGGUGCAGCAGGCACAUUAAAAUACGCGACGUACACGUAGAAGAAAUUUGAAAUAUAGGUUAUCUGGGAAGAAAUCAAUUUAAAAGGUGCAAAAUCGAAUCAAAAAAAUCUUGAACAUUUUUAGGAUAUUAUUUUAUUUUAAACAUUUUAAAAAUAGUGGUAGAGUCAAUCCCAAUUUCUUAAAUUUAUGUUUAAUUUAAAAACGUAAGAUUUUCAUAAUCAACUAAAAAAAAAUCGUGGAAUUCGCAGAAAUAUGUUUUUGAAAUAACACUUAAAAGAUUUUAAGAAUAUCGUUACCCUUUUAAAGGCAGUUGUACUAACAAUCCUAGUUUUCUAAAUUUAUUUUUAAUUUUAAUUUAUUAGUGGAAUUUGCAGAAAUAUAUUUUUGUAAGUUGAAGGGUUUUUAAUUCUACCGUUUAAAACUUGUAAAAAUAUUAAUCUGACACCUUUCUUUAAAUUUUUGUAUUAAGUUCCAUUCUUCUUAAUUUCUUAAUUUUUCUCAGUGUAAACACAAAUACACCCCAUACACACGCAGCACUUAACUGCACUUAGGUGCGACAGCCAGAUGAGUGUCGAACGGCAUUCCACGGAUGGCAUUGUUUUGCCAGGCACACUGAAAGUCAUUUUCACUUAAAGCUUAAAAAGCUGCCAGGCAUUUUAGACCACCCUGCGUAUACGCAACGCCAUCCUUUGUGUCCUUCCUUUUUUGGAAGGGAACUGCCUUUGCCGACUCUACUAAGGCCCAUUUAUAAAAUUGCAAUUAACGUCACAAUUAGCCAUUACCAUAAAUUAAAUGCUCCACAACAAUUUAAAAUUUAUCAUACCAAAGUAGCUAAACAAAAAACAAACAAGGGGAAGAAAAAAUGCCAGAAAAAAGCACUUUGAUUAAUUCAGAGCUAUUUAAAUAAAUUCGCAUAAUUGAAUUAUGGGAUUUGGAAUGCAAAUUUUUUACUUUGUUUGCCUUCAUUGUUUGGAGUCAACAGGGGAGUUCUCCGAAAUGGAGUAAAUAACAAAAUUAAGCUUAAAACAUUUACAAUAAUUACACGAAAACAUUUUAGAUUACUGCAGUCUUAUUGGGUUUUGUACAUUUUAAUUCCGAACGCCAGAGGCCGCAAAUUCGCUUGUGAAAUUUAAUUAUUUAUAGCGCAAAAUGCGUAAAUUAGAAUUUGCAUUUCUGUCAACAUCUAUUUCGGCGCCAUGGAUUAUGUGCCACAAGCCAAUUUAACGCCUGAUUAACUUGGCAAAUUGCAGAGGUAUUUAUAGAAAAUCGGAUAGACAGGGAAAGGUACUCUAAAUGAUUUUUUGUCUGCGGUUGCGGAAUUUCCAGAGCAUUUUGCAACUGAUGGUAAAUGCAGUUUUAAUGCACUUUUUGGAAAUUACUAUCGCUCAUGCAAACAAAUGAUUAUUUAUGCGUAACUAUUGCCCAGACGUGCCGGUCAUAAUUACGGGCACUUUGAAAAAUAGCAAAUAAAUUAAACUUAAAACUGAAACGAAUUCAAACAUAAAAGCAUCAGAGCCAUCAACAAAACGGCGUUCACUUUCGUUUACGACCCACCCACAUGAUAAACACGUGAAAAGUGAACACAGAAAAUUGCAUUGUUGCCGAAAUCGCAUGAACGCUCCGGUGGCGCCGGAAUUUUUUGGGGGGUCUGUGAUAUAAAUGUACACAUAUUUUUGGAACGCUCCUGGAGCAAUUAUCGUGACCAUUAGGCUGCAAGCGCAUGAAUCAUCGAAAUACCGCUGGCCGCCCUGCAUAUUAAUUAAUAAAGUAUAAAAGCCAUAAAUGUAAAACUCAUAACGACAAAUGUUGGCCCAUAAAUAUGCACUUAGGUAUUUAUGCGCAUUGACAGCAUGAAUAUUUAUGAGGCAAUGACGACAGCGACAUCGGCCAUUAAAAUGCGCCCCCCGUUGAUUAAUUGGAAAAGUUGAGUUGGUUGUUCGGUUCGGUUUGGGUUCUGGUUCGGUUCAACGGGUCGUAUGCUUGACGCUUUUUUACCUCCCCUAGCAUGUUGAAAAAGCCGCCCAAAACUAAGCAAAUCCAAUGCCUGUGUUCAGGCUUAGAGACGAAAAACAAUGGAAUUUAUUUGUUUGCCAUUAGAUAAGCCAUGCGACCAUCUAAGUUCAAGUUUUGAGGCUUGUCUUUCAAAACCAAAAAAAUACAAUGACUGAAAUGUUUAAUGAAAUUAUUUCAUUACAAAAAACAAAAAAACCAAGCAAAAUGCAAGUAACUUAAACGUAUUUCAAUAUUUAAACUUAAACUUUUUGCUAAUUGUAAACUAGACACAAAUAUUUAUAUAUAAAAUAAAUAUUACGAUAAAUAAAAACAGAUAUAUAUAUUAAAGUUGAAUUUUGAAAUUAGAUAAACGCAAACUGCGGAUAUUCGAAUAGUUCAGAUAUAUAUUUAGCGUAAUUUAUAGUUGCCGAUACUUAGAAAAGUUUACUCAUUUAAUUGUAUCGUACGACAUAUGCAUAGCAAGAAUUUUAACUCAUAUUCUCAUACGUGUCUGUUCCACCUAGUUGUGCGUAGAUCAAAUAUGAGCAAAAUAAAAAAUACCACCAGACUAUGAACAACCAUAGCGAUACUUCACGGAACCGAGAACAUGUGUACUGUACAACAAUCUCUGAGUGUACCCAAAUGUAUAUCAAAUCGAGCGGUUAAAAAUCAAAUUUCGGAAAAAUGACGGAAUAAAUGAACAUAAAUUAAAGCUACCUACAUUUUAAGCGGAAGUCUUCCACUACAAUUACGCUCUACCCACUUGCAUUGUAUUCGUUCCCUCGUUUUACCGACUUCAACUUCUGUUCCCGGGCAGACUAUGUAACUAGAUGUGUGUAUAUUGAAUAAGUGUAUGUAUUUCGAAAGGUUUCUUCCCAAAAAAACAAAAACUAUACAAAAACAGAAACAAAAAACUAACAAAAACCCAAUGAAAUGUAAACCAAAUGGAAAUGUAAGCCAUAAAUUUACAUUACUUAGAAAAAUGCUGCACAAAUUUGCAUGUUAGUUUCCCUAGUCAUGUAAGUUACGAUUAAUAAACUGUAGUUAACAAAGGGUAAAAUACACAGAAAAUAUGCUACGAAUAAGAAAAAUACUAUGUUUAAAACUAGACAUCAUCGUUGUUGCUUUUGUUCUCAUCUGUUAUAGAGGAGCGAGUUCCCAUUUCGUUAUAUUUAUACAUUUUUGUAGUGUCCACAUAGCUAACAACGAAGUAACAUGGUGCUAUGAGUUACGAUUCUCCUCGGUUCAUCGUGCAUCACUCAUCCACUCAGGGUGGUCAAAACGUUAAAAUCUGAGCCCCUUUUAACGUCUUGGUUGCAUGUAGAGCACCACCAAAACUAAAACCAAAACACAACCACACUCACCCACACACACGGCAAGAGGCCAAAAAGAGAACUCAAAUCAAAAUUGAAAGUUAGUUAAGGGAAUUAAGAGCAUUUCAAACUUACUUAGCAGCUAAGCAUUGUAAAUACCUAUAAAUUAUGCCACGUUAUAGUUCAUAGUUCAUCCUAAAUAUAAUACGAUUACGAUAAUGAAAUGUAAAUUGAGCAACACAAAAUUGCAAAUUGAAGCCACCAAAGAAUUGAAUUUUCGCAUGUAAGUCGAACAAGUAAACUAAAAGUAUUUAAUUAUACCAAAGCUAAGACUAAGUGUAGACAGAGCAAAAAGCCCCUCCUUCCUUCCCCCAAAAAUGCAACAAUAGUCGAAAAGUUUUAGCAUUUAGGCAAUCAUAUAUCAUAGUUCAACUAAACUAAACUAAAGGCAACUCCUCCCAAAAACUAAAUGUACAUUUCUGAGAAUAGCGAGACAACAAAAAACACCAAGAACUAAAAACGCAUUUAAAACUUAAGUUUCGUUGUUUUUCUACCCCCACACCAGUUGAGUUUGAGCAAACGUAACAUUUACCCAUUGUAUGGGACAAGUUGUUUUCCUAAGAUCUUGUAGUCUAAGCGGAACUUAUAAUAUAGAACAUACGAUACAUGAUAACUACGAGAACUAAAUUAAAACUAUUAGCUAAGUGAAUUCAUAUGUCCAGUAGAAAGGACAAUAAAGAUUUAAUUGAAAUUAUACAGUACGAUUACAAUUACCACUAAACAGCCGACGAAGAAAUACCACAGAGGCUCCAACCCUAACUCAUCAAAACCAAGCUAAAGCUACCAAAACAAAAUACUAUAAACAAAAACAUUUUAAAACUUACUCUCGUUAAGCGAAUCAGAAAACCAGUGCGGAAAUGCAGAAAUCAUAACUGAAUAAUAAAAACCGAAAGUAUUCUUAAAUUCUUUAAA